UCCGGUUACUUCGCACCCUCCCCAAAGCACGGCCUUUGGCGACCCAUCCCGGAUCUGAACGUUCAUCCACAACCGCUGCGUGAGGAGAGGCUAGAAGUUUUAACACAGGAGACCUAAGGCAUGCGCAAGCCAGAUUUUGUCGUCCUUGUGGGAAGCAAUAAUAGCUUGUCUAUAAUGUGACUUAUCAGUUGCAAUUUAUACCAAGAUGCCCCAACACAACAUCAGCAUGGAGCAAACAGCUCAUGGGACGCACCAGAGCUCACCACACAAAGCUGUGACUGGGAUAGUUGAGAAGGAAGGUGAUGCUACUAUGGAGCGGAAGAAGAAAAAGAAGAAAGAGCCAAGACCAGAGUCCAUUAUAAUCUACCGCACAGGAAGCGAGAGAGUGGAAGAAGAUCAGCAUGACCCAGACACCACAGCCAAGAACACAGAGGAGCAGACUAACUUUCUGUGUCCUCCCAGUGGAGAAGGUGGCUGGAGCGUACCUACUGACAGCAGAUAUGUAACACUAACUGGCACAAUCACCCGUGGCAAGAAGAAGGGGCAGAUGGUGGACAUCCACGUAACGCUAACUGAGAAAGAGCUCCAGGAACUAGCCAAGUCAAAGGAGCCCCUACAGCCUGAAGAAAAAGGCACAAAAAAAGCAUGUGAUGUAGGGCUGCAUAGAGGUCCUCAUGUUGUCAUAUGGAGCCUUGUGUGUGCUCCAGUGGUCUUUGUGUUAUCCUUUGUCAUGUCCUUUUAUUAUGGAACCAUUACCUGGUAUAACAUUUUCUUGGUUUACAACGAGGAACGGUCCUUCUGGCAUAAGAUUACAAUUUGCCCUUUUCUGAUUAUUUUUUACCCAGUGCUAAUUGUAGCAAUGUCUAUGUCCCUUGCUGUGUACACAACCGUGACACAGAUAUCCUGGUCAUUUGGUGAGUGGUGGCAAGCAGUGCGAGACUUGGAGAAAGGUUUCUGUGGCUGGUUGUCUGGGAAACUUGGUCUGGAGGAUUGUUCCCCGUACAGCAUUGUGGAGCUGCUGGAUUCUGACAAUGUUUCAGGUAGUCUGUCCUGUAAGGCAGCACCAGCAGGGGAGCAGACAUCUGCUGUUUAAAGAAUACUGAUCCAGAGAGAAAGCACCUGACCGAAGAAACUGCUUAGGAUUUUGAAAUGAAAUGAAGUUUUGAGUGAAUUUAUUCUGCCCCUGUAAUGUUGUUUGACUUUGUAGUAUUCAGAUGCACGUAACUAACGUCUGCUUUUAGGAAGAAAUUUAAGCUGUUUAGAUCAAUAAGCAUAACCAUGUAAGACUCAUGUCUCUGCUAAUGCAUGGGAGGCUUGUUUGCCUUUUGCCAGUUCCCACUAUCACUUAGUUCCUGGAGCUAGAAUACCCAAGUUUGAAUUAUCACUCUCUUAAUGCAGGGUCUGACCCUACUCUAGUGCAAGAAGCUACAAAUAAUGGUAUCAGGUCAAAUGGAGAAGAAUUGCUAUUUAACUUAUUUAUUUAUUUUAAUGUCUGAAGGUGCUGGCCUGUGCUUUCCCUGCAAAACUGUUAGUUUAUUUUUUAAUGGAGUAGCUUAUUUGCAAACACUAAAAGGCUACUAAAGGUUGAGGGUAUAUUAGCAGGGUUUUCUACAGUAUUGAUUUUUUUUUUGAAUGAGCCAUGAAUAUAUGAAGCAACUGCCUAUGCUAAUUAUACUUCAACUGUGUUAAAGGCCUAAUCGAAGAGAGAUCGUGACUGCCAGGAUGUACUUUUGUUCUAUGGUUAAAUCCAGUAUGACAACAAAAGGUAAUGCGGCAAUUCACCAUAGACUUUAAUAUUUCAGGGGAUCUUAAGGCCUUGACGCACCAUUUAACAUUUAGUUAAUUUAAAGCUUAUCACAUUCAUAAUACUUGAACAUAGAAUAAAGAUAAUUUACAUCAUUUCUGUAGAAUAUUCACUCUUCAAUCAUUAAAUUAAACUCUUUUAUAGCUUUAAUAAUAUAACUGAAUACCUUUCCAUGUCCAGAUUGAACCAGGUCAAUUUCCCUAUGCUUCAAAUUUUGGUCUUGCAUCAAGCACAUCACUUGGUCAUAAGUAUGCGACUUCUCAAUUAGUACAAACUGUGGUGGGAGCAAUUUGUUUAGCUCCUACAGUGCUCUGGUUCCACGUCCAGUUUGGCACCAGCAGGUUGUCACAUUUAAUCAUUCCUGCAUCUUAAUUAAGUGCUGUCUUUUGACUUUCAAUCCACUAAUAUAUCCUUGUCUGUACCGAGUUAUCUGAUUUUAUAUCAUUUAGUGUUUCAAAGAAAACAAUCCCAGUCUAUUCAAUUUUUCUUCUUGACUAAAACCCUCCAAGCCAGAAAACAUCUUGAUAAAUCUCUUCUGCACCCUCUCCAAUGCAAUUGCGUAACUCCAGUAACAUAGAUUCUAGAACUGUGUAUAAUUCUCUAGCUGUGUCCAAAAUCAAUGUUUUAUACAAUUCUAGUGUCACUUCCCUGCUUUUAAAUGCUAUGCCUGGACCAGUAGAGGCAAGUAUCUCAUGCUGCCUUAACCACUUUGUCUAUCAGUCCCACUAGAGGCCAGUGAACAUGCAAACCAAGAUCCCUUUGAUACUCCGUAUUUCCCAGUGUCCUAUCAUUUGUAACACAUUCCCUUGCCUUAUUUGCCUGCCCAGGGGAAUUGACUCUCACUAAAUAGGAUUGAAUUCCAUUUGCCACUGAUCAACCCAUCUGACCAGCCAGGCAAAAGUGAAGAUUGCAGAUACUGGAGAUUAGAGUCAAGAUUAGAGUGGUGCUGGAAAAGCACAGCAAGUCAGGCAGCAUCCAAGGAGCAGGAAAAUUGACGUUUCUCAGCACCAGGGACCCGGGUUCAGUUUUAUCCUCUGAUGAUUCUCUAUGCAGAGUUUGUACAUUCUCCCUAUGUCUGUAUAGGUUUCCUCUGUGUACUCCAGUUUCCUCCCACAAUCCAAAGCUGUGGCGAUUAGGUGGAUCGAUCAUGCUGAAUUGCCUGUAGUGUCCAAAGUUGAUAGGUUAGAGGGGUUGUUUUGAUUGGGAUGCUUUUUUGGAAAGCCGAUGUGGACUCAAUGGCUGAUUGACCUGAUUCCACACUCAGUAUUCUAUGAUUCUAUUAUACAGAAUGUUCAUGGAGGGGAUUUUAGCAAUAAUAAUGCCAUUUGAAUGUGAAGGAAUUAGAUUCUCUCUUGGAUGAACUCAUAAUCUCAUAGAACGGCAUGAACAUGACUCAAUUUCCACAUCACUGGCCAGAUGCCACUGUUACUGCAGUCUGGAACUACUUGUUGAUGGUUGGGGCUAAUUCUGAUGCAUAAGUCUUCAGAACAAUUGCUGAAAUUGUCAGGGCCAGUCUUCAGCCAAUUCAAUUUGCCCUUCAUGUUACCACAAAAUAGCUGAAAACACUCACAAGGAGGCAAAGAUGGAGCAUCUACUGAGCAAACCUGGUUGAAGUUGGUUACAAAUGCUUCAAUCUUGUCUUUAGCCCUGAUGUGCUGGUUCUCCCAUCAUUGCAGAUGGUAAUGCCAGAGGAACUUCAAUUUUUUUCCUUCCUCCCUCCCCCACCCCCCCCCACCACCACCACCACUGCCUAAUUGCGGUAGUGCUUUUUUCCCCCAGUACCCAUGUGUGUUUGCAAGUGUGAGACACAAUGAAAGACAUAAGGUACACCAAUCUUUAUUCAAUUUCCACCACCAGGAAGGAAAGAAACACCAGAGUGGCCAGUGACAAGCAGUGCCCUUGACAUCAAAGGGCAAUGCUGUGUGAUCAAACAGUGAAGGGGAGGGCAGGGAUUAAAUCAAAGUAGAAUUGGAUGGGGAAAUUAGGCACUCCACUCCCUGCGGCACCCACCUCUUCCUGAACAGCUCAAGGGUGUUGGUGGACACUGCAUGCUCCUUCUCCAGAGACACCCGGGCUCUAAUGUAACCGCGGAACACGGGCAGGCAUUCGGCCCUAAUGACCCCCUUCACGACCCGCUGCCUGGACUUGUUUAUGGCCAGUUUGGCCAGGCCCAGAGGCAGACCCACGAGGAGGUCUUCAGAACUGCCCUCCCCCUUCUGUACAGUGUGUCCGAAGAUCAAAGAGUGUGGGACUGAAGUGCAAUCCUGUUUUCUUACCUGUCAGCCUGGGCUCUCUGGGGCUGUUAAUCUGGUCCAAUCAAGGAACUCCUUUUUAUUUGAAGUCCACCUGGCUGACCUCAUUACAUCACUACACUUUUCAUAUCUACUUUAAACUUUCCCCUUUUUACUUUAAACUUAUGUUCCCAAGUAAUUGAUAUUUCUAUUCAUUCUAUUCAUGCCUCGUAUUUUUGGAAACUUCUAUCAGGUUGUUGCUCAGUCUCUGUUCAAGUAAAAACAAACCAAAUUUCUCCACGCACUCCUAAAAGCUAAUGCUCUCCAGGCAGUAUCCUGAUAAACCUUUUCUGUACCUGUUAAUGGGAAUACUUGUCCAAUUUAAAGUAUAUUACUAACAUAAAAUUCCUAUAGCACGGAAGACACCCUUUGAAGAGCAUCCCAUCCAAACUGUACCCCCAUUCCUAUAACCCCUCAUUUACCAUUUACCAUGGCUACUCCAUCCAGCUUCUGUAUCCCUAGACACUACAAUGUCCUGUAGCCAAUCCACCUAACCUGCACGUUUUUGGACUGUGGGAUGAAAGCAGAGCACCCCAGUGGAAACCCAUGCAGAUGUAGAAAGAAUGUCCAAACUCCAUAUAGACACUCACCUAAGGCUGGGAUUGAACUUAUGUCCCCAUCUCUGUGAGGUAACUGUUAACCACCGAGCCACCAUGCUAUUCUUGGUUCACCUGCAAGUAGUCUUGUGUUGUAAUUUCACCAGCUGAUUUCUCAUUUUGGGGUAUGUUUAUACUCCUGCACUCUUUUCAAUAAAUCAAAAUUUAUCAUCUGGCUUGAUGAUAAUGAAAGAGUAGGGAAUUUGUGGGUAAAGUUAAAAAUCACACAACACCAGGUUAUAGUACAAUAGGUUUAUUUGGAAGCAUUAGCUUUCAGAGCGCCACUCCAUCAGGUGAAUGUGGAGGUUAAGAUAUUGCUCACAGAAUUUAUAGUCAAAGAAGUCCAGUAUCAUGGAAGUGGGGUACAGUAAACAAUCUUGGGUUAAAACUUCCAUCUUUUCUAGUGGGAUAUGCUGAUUUCUGUUCUUUAAUAUGUAAAUCACAGAACUUCUUUUCAAUAACAUUCUCAAGAUAGCUCAGCUUUUUAAACAGUACGUAUGAAGUCUGUCUGUGUCCCAAUGCUAUGUCA